AUGGACUCUAACACUGAAAGGAGAUUACCUCUUUGGGAUACACCAACUCAUAUGGUAUUUGUUGAGUUAUGCUUGAAUGAGGCUAGACUUGGAAAUAAACCAGGUAGUCAUUUCAAUAAGGCUGGAUAUGAUAACCUUAUAAACAAUAUGAAAGAGCAAACUGGAAAAACUUUGAACCACAAGCAAAUUAAAAUCGAUUGGGAAAGUAUGAAGAGAGAUUGGAGGUUGUUUGAUCGUUUAAUGAGACUUGAAUCUGGGAUAGGGUGGGAUCCCGUGAAUAAGUCAAUUGUUGCAUCGUCUGAGUGGUGGGAUGAAAAAAUAAAGGUUGACAAAGAUUAUGACAAGUUUAGGGGAAAAAAUUUGGAGAUGUAUCAAACCCAUUAUGUAGCAUUAUUUCGAGAUUAUGUUACUGUUGGAGAUAUUUCUUGA